AUGAAACCCCAACGGGGUUGUCCCGGCGCCGCUCCAGGGGCUCCUGCCACAGGUCCCGCGAGGCAGCCCCCGCCCGAGCUCCCCCGGGCGCUUCAGGUCCGAGGGGAAACAAGGAACCUGUCCCGCGGCGGUUGCCAUGGAGACGGGGGAGGCUCGAGGACCGGGCUGUCAUCGCUCACUGCGGCGGUCCCGGCCCCACAGCCCGCCCGUGGCGCCCCGUGCGGGAGCGUCACUCGCGGCAGCGGAGGACGAGGAGGGGGAGGACGGAGAAGCUCUGCGGGGCGCCAGUCCUCGGGUGACACCGCUGACACCCGUGCCGCUCGCGGCCACGCCUCCCGCCGCUGCGGCCGGCCAAGCUCCCGGCGACCCGGGGCGGAGCCGCUGCCUCGCAAAGUUCGGUCCGCGCUGCGAGCCCGUGCCGGGCCCGGGCGCCUCUGCCCGCCAGGCCCCGCUGCCACGGCAACCGUGACGUCAGGCAGGGAGGGCGGAAGCGCGGCGGCUGGCGGCGGCAGUCCGGGCGGAAGUGGUGCGCUCUCCGGCAAGGUCGCGCUGGAUUGGCGCGGCGCUUUCCGGCUCGCCCGGCGUGGGGCGCGAUGGCGGAGGACUGGCUGGGCGUGGAGGCGGCCGUGAGCGGCAGCGACGGCGAGGAGGAGGGGCAGGAGGAUGGCGAGAGGCGGCACCAGCAGCUCCUGCAGGCGGUCAGUGACCUCUCCGGACGGAAGCGGCGGAAGCUGGCAGAGCGCACAGAGGCAAGUGUGCAGGUGUCCGAGUUCAAUGUCAGCUGCAAAGGUACUGGGGAGAAGCUGGUUCUGUCCGAGCUCCUGGAGCCCAUCCGUCCCAAAUCCACCCUGAGCAGCGUGAAGAAAGAACUGACCAGGGUGAAGCAGAAGAAGGCAGUGGAGCUUCCCCUCAGCAAAGAGGAGGCAAAGCGGGUUGUGAGGGAAGCUGCCUAUGUCCGGACCUCUAAAGACGUGGGCAAAUGGCAGCAGGUAGUUUUGCAGAACCGACGGGCAGAGCAGCUGGUCUUCCCUCUGAAGCAGGAGAUCGCUACAGUCGUCCCCCUGGAACAAGUGGUUUCAGCAUGGAAGGCCCGAACUCCCCUGGAGCAGGAGAUCUUCGGACUGCUCCACAAGACACAGCAGCCUGUCACAGACCCGCUCCUGACGCCAGACGAGGCAGCCUCGCUGCAGGCAAUGAGCUUGGAGGAGGCCCGGCAGCGGCGGGCAGAGCUGCAGAAGGCUCGGGUCAUGCAGUCCUACUAUGAAGCCAAGGCUCGGCGAGAGAAGAAGAUCAAGAGCAAGAAGUACCAUCGCGUGCUGAAGAAAAGUAAGAGACGCAAGGCCUUAAAGGAGUUUGAAUUGCUGCACAAGUCGGACCCUGAGGCUGCCUUGGCAAGGUUGGAGGAGCUGGAGCAGCUCAGGAUGCAGGAGCGGAUGAGUCUUAAGCACCAGAACAAGGGAAAAUGGGCCCGCUCCAAGGCCAUUAUGGCUAAGUAUGACCUGGAGGCCCGCAAGGCCAUGCAGGAGCAGCUGGCCAAGAGCAAAGAGUUGAUGCAGAAGGUGCAGGUGAAGCUGCCUGAGGAUGAGCCAGGUGAUGUGCCCGAGGAGGACCUCGCGUCAGUGACCGUCCCUGCGGGUGCCAGGGGAGCGAAUCCCUGGAUGCUGGGCAAGCCCAGUGGCCCAGUCACGGAGCCUGAGGUGCAGGAGGGUCCUGGAGACAAUGCAGUGCCUGGUGCUGCAGAGAGCAAGGAGGAGGUGUCGGAGGAGGAGAUGUCGGAGGAGGAAGCUCUGCUACAAGGCUUUGCGCAGAAGCGGAAUGUGCGUCAGCAGCGGGCAGGGAGCCCCGAGGGACCAGGUGCCGAUGAGAGGAGGGCAGUUUCUGAACUGCCAGGGGACAGCCCCAUCCACUCGACCUGUGCUGAGGAGGAGCAGGCGAGCGUGGGGCUCAAGCAGCCUCCCCAGGCCCAGGAGGACGUCCUGCUGUCAGAGCAGCUGCGCCGGGUGCAGUCGAUGGCAGAUGUUGACGCUUUGGCCUCUGAGGAGCAUGUGGAAGAGCAGGAGAAGCCAAUGGCCACAAGAGUCAAGAAGCAAGUAGAGCAGCAGGAGGAAGGCAGAGCUGGGGAUGGGUGUGCCAAGAAACCACCAGCCAAGAAGAAGAUCAUCAGCCUGCAGGCUGUGCUGGCUGGGAAGCCCCAGGAGGUUCAGUGCCCCAGCCUGCCCAUGGUUGUGGAGGAGGAGGAGGGUGGCAUUGACCAAAGAGGUGUCAUCACAGAGGCCUUUGCUGGGGAUGAUGUGGUGGCUGACUUUCGCCGGGAGAAGCGCAAGGCAGAGCAGGCCACGAAGCCGCAGCCGGUGAACUUGGUGCUGCCAGGCUGGGGCGAGUGGGGAGGCACAGGACUGAAGCCCAGCACCAAGAAAAUAAAACGGUUCCUGCUCAAGCCGCCUCCGGCGCCUCCCAGGAAGGACCAGCACUUGCCCCAUGUCAUCAUGAGCGAGAAGCGCAACAUCCACGCAGCAGCACAUCAGGUCAGUGAGCUGCCCUUCCCCUUUGAAAGGCACCAGCAGUUUGAGCAGAGCAUCCAGACACCCCUGGGCCCCACGUGGAACACACAGCGUGCCUUCCAGAAGCUGACUGCACCCCGCGUCAUUACCCGAGCAGGCCACAUAAUCCAGCCCAUCUCUGCCGAGGAUGUCCCCACCACGGCCACCACAGCUGGCAGUGGAGCCAAGCCAGCACUAGAAAUUGUGCCCAAGGGGCAAGAGCAGCCAUUGCGCCACCCACGUGGGAGGGCGCGGUAGCUCUGUGCCCCUGUGGCUCUGAUGGUCGGACUGGAGCCGGCAGAGGAACUGGGGGAGACUCCGGCUUCUGUCCAGUACCUUCUACGGCUUCCCCCGCAAUAAAACUUCUGGGCUGCCUUGUC